UGUUGGUGCGACUUGAAAGACUGCACAGGGUGACACGACUCCCUCUGACAAUUUGCCCCUGGACUGGAAGUUGAUGAAUGGCAAAGUGAUCAGUGCUUUCAGGCAAACAUCGAGAUAACUCAACAGGCUGCUACACCUGGCAGUUUGGGAGGAUGCAUUAGUAACUGCUCGGAGAGGAUACGGCUGGCCAGCGCGGUUGGACUUCGCCCUACAGUAGCCUACAUCGCCAAGCGCUGCUGUCAUACCAUGACCGUCUAAGGCGUGAGAAACACUAUUGAAACAAACAGCUGAAAUGGAUACUAUCGGGGUUUCGUUCUUGGACCCUCUGGACGACUACGAGAUAAUUCAUCGUAUUGGAAGUGGCACAUACGGAGAUGUAUUUAAGGCACGGAACAUCAAAACCUCGGAGAUUGCAGCUAUCAAAAUUGUAAAACUGGAUCCUGGCGAUGACAUCACCUCUAUCCAGCAAGAGAUCACCAUGAUGAAGGAAUGCAAGCACAAGAAUAUCGUGGCCUAUUUCGGCAGCUAUCACAGGAACACCAAGUUGUGGAUAUGCAUGGAGUACUGUGGGGGAGGGUCACUACAGGAUAUCUACCACGUGACUGGACCUUUGAAGGAGAAACAGAUUGCUUAUGUCUGUCGGGAAACGUUACAGGGCCUGUACCAUCUGCACGAAACAGGCAAGAUGCACAGAGAUAUUAAGGGAGCGAACAUCCUCAUCACGGAUCGAGGAGACGUCAAACUAGCUGACUUUGGUGUUGCCGCAGAGAUCAGCGCUUCUGUUGCCAAGAGGAAGUCUUUCAUUGGAACUCCGUACUGGAUGGCCCCCGAGGUGGCGGCAGUGGAGAAGAAGGGCGGCUACAACCACCUGUGCGACAUCUGGGCCGUGGGCAUCACUGCCAUCGAGCUGGCCGAGCUCCAGCCGCCCAUGUUUGACCUCCACCCCAUGAGGGCACUGAUGCUGAUGUCGAAGAGCAGCUUCCAGCCUCCCAAACUCAAAGACAAAAGCAAAUGGUCUGCAGGCUUCCAUAGCUUUGUGAAGAUGGCGCUAAUUAAGAACCCCAGGAAGAGGCCUACAGCGGAAACUCUCCUUCAGCAUCGUUUUGUGACCCAGCUGCUGACAAGGAACCUCAUCAUUGAGCUGCUGGACAUGGCCAACAACCCUGACCUCCACAACACACAGAACAUAGACGAGAAUGACCUGGAGACUGGAGAUGCUGCUCCUGAUAAGAUCCAGUCCGAGGGCAAACACUUGUCCCAUUCGAUCAAGGAGUGUGAUCAACAAUUUGACCAGGUGAAGUUUGGCUUCCCGCGCAGAAAGGAGAUGGAGCCGUAUCCAGACAUGGGUUCCUAUGACGACUGGAGCAUCUCUGGAGACGAGGCUGAAUCACCGAGCCUGCUGGAAUGUGUGGAGGAGGCCCUGCAGCAGAGGAGUCUGACCAUUAAGAGAGUGUUUUCCUCGGAGUGGGUUAAAGGUGGUUUCAGGCGGAGUGGUCUAUUUAAUCCUCCCCCUGCAUCCACCACGGCGUCUCUGCCUGCCGCUGGCUCCUACCCGCCCAGCCUGGAUGACAGAGACCUCACACUGAAAGCCAGCGCCACACUGGGACCCGCACUGGGCCCUGAGGCCCCCCACAGGCCACUCUCAGUCCUGUCCAGGUGCUCGGCUAGUCAGGAUGUCCGGGACUGGAGCAGUGACACCCUUGUGCCUGAAGGGGGCGACACACACAAGGAGGAGGAGGAGGAGAAGAGCUCUGAGCAUGGAACCUCUCCCCCCAAAGACAUGGCCCUCUCCCCAGAAUGGAGCACUCUGAGGCGCAAGAGAGAGGAGUCGAGAGCAGAAUGCCAUGGACUGCCUCCUACACCACAAGUACAUAUGGGAGCUUGCUUUUCCAAGGUCUUCAAUGGCUGCCCUCUGAAAAUCAGCUGUGCGGUGACGUGGGUGUUUCCAAAGACCAGAGAUCAAUACCUUAUCCUGGGGGCAGAGGAAGGCGUCUACAUCCUCAACCUCAACGAGCUUCAUGAGGACACACUUGAAAAGCUGCUGCCACAGAGGUGCACGUGGUUGUACAUCAUGAACAACGUCCUCAUGACUAUCUCAGGCAAGUCCUGUCAGCUGUACUCCCACUGCCUGAUGGCUCUGUUUGAGCAGCGCUCCACCCUGCAGAAGAAACAAAGCCACCUGUCGCUCAGCACCAACCGCUUCACUGAGCGCAUCACUCACAGGAAGUUUGCUGUGUCGGUGAAGAUUGCGGACACCAAGGGCUGCCGGAGGUGCAGUGUAGCGCGUAACCCGUACACCGACAGCACCUUCCUGUGCGGAGCCGUUCCCUCAGGGCUCGUCCUGCUCCUCUGGUAUGACCCCCUGCAGAAGUUCAUGCACCUCAAGCACCUAGCGAUGUCUUUGCCGGAGUCUCUGCCUGUGUUUGAGCUGCUGGUGGUGGUGACGGACGAGUUCCCCCAGCUCUGUGUGGGGGUGAGGGAAUGUUCCGGAACCAGUGAUGAGGCAGCGACCCGACAGCAGCUGAAGUUUGACAUUGUCCAUUUGAACGGCCUACCUAACUCCCAGCCAGACACUAAACCUGUUGAGGCUGAGCAGGUGACCCAACUGGACAGAGACACUGUUCUCAUCGCUCUGGACAAGACGGUGAGGAUUGUGAACCUGCAGGGCUGCCCAAGCAAAGAGUUCACCUCUGUGCUGGACUUCAGUUUCCCUAUACAGACUCUGGUAUGUUUACAAGACAGCAUUUUAGCCUUCUGGAAACAUGGACUUCAGGGGAGGAGUCUUCAAACCAAUGAGGUCACACAGGAGAUUACCGACAAGAGCCGUGUAUUUCAUGUUCUGGGGACAAGCAGGGACAUUGUACUCCAGAGCAUACCUACAGAAGACCCAUCUGCAGCCAGCAAUCUGUACAUACUGGCUGGGCACGAGAACAGCUACUGACCGGGGGAGGAGGAGAGAGGAAGCACAAAGGGAAGAGAAGAGAAGAUCAAUAGAAGAAGAAAAGUGUCAAGAAGGAAGAGGAGAAGGAGAGAAGUCACGAUGCUGGGGACAUCCUUAAUCGCUAAUCCUUCUACUUGUGUGUGUGUGUGUGUGUGUGUGUGUGUGUGUGUGUGUGUGUGUGUCUGUGUGUGUGUGUAUGUGUGUGUGUGUGUGUGAGAGAGAGAGAGAGACAGAGAGACAGCGUUUGGGUGUGUGAAUGUGAGAUAGAGAGAGAGAGAAAAAGAGACCGAAACCUCUAACUCAUUACCUUUGUGUGAAUGUGUGUAUAUGAGGAGCUCUGACUUUGUAAACACUCUGUUGUGGCAAAGGGAUAUUUCAUGAACACUGGACACCCCCGGCACUGCCGCCGGGCGCCACUUCCUGGUUUGAUACUAGAGAGAUUUAUUUAUCAUGAUGAUUAUACAUAUUUAUCACAAGAGGACAUUUAACACCACUACACAGUUGUUUGAUGUCACCAUUAUGAAGAUUUGGUUGUGAUUAACAUGGAUUGGUGUUUUAGAACUAAAUAAAUAAAUAAAUAAGUAAUUAAAUGUGAAUUCACAUAGUGGAAUAUUGUUAUUUUUUUGUUAUGUUUUGAAUAUUGUUGAGAACUCAACAGGCUUCCCUUUCACAUAUUUAUAAGGGUUAUUACAUUAAGUAAGAAAAUGUAGAACAAAUAUUUAUAUGUUUAUAUUAUAUCAUUCUUUGAUGGUUCUCGGGUGACACAGAAGGAAGAACACGGUGAAACUUGCCGUCGUUCCCAGUAGAGGGCGCCCUCUACCAGGUAAAAGCAAAGCUUUAUGUACAGUGCUGAGGAAGAUUGCUGUGACAUAAAGGGAGAGCAGUGAUUAUCAAUUACACUAGUUACAUAAUUAGGGAGGGGCUGUUGUGUUGUUGUAGAAAUUACCAUUUUAAUACAGUCGUGGUGCUAUUUAUCUAAACUGAUUUUAAUAAAUAAAUAAAUGUUAUACUAAUGUAACAUAAUGUAAUAUAACACAAUGUAUAACUCAAUACUAAGCUUUGCUGAAGAAAAAUAAAAAUGUAUUUAAUGCAUCACUAA